AUGGAGAAUCUCGUGCCGAGGCUUUCUAUCACUGUGAAAUCUGGGAAAGUUGAGAGUGCCAGUGUCGACUUGAGCUAUGAGCAGGUUGUGGACCUGCUCGUUCACAACAAACAAGUGCCGGGUAUUGUUGAUAUUCCAGAUACCGUUCUGGGCCCCAAGAGCGGUUCCGAGUCUCGGGCGCCCCCUCGCCCCAAGCCUUGGGAAACCACGGCUGAAAAUGAAGGCUAA